AUGCAGAACGAACGCGGCCAAGGCGUCUCCCACGCAACCGGCGGCUCCAAGGUCCCCGAGAAAGCUCAGCAGAAGGUCCCUCAGGGCCUCGAAGAGGAUCUGCCGAACACGAUUCACGACACUGGCUCCGGCACCGGCCGCCAGACACACGCCAAGGAUGGCGGCGAUGCGUCGAUAGUCCCGAAGGGUCUGCAGAAGGCUGUCCCUGAGAAGGUGGAGAGGGCGCUACCGAACAAGAUUCAUGAUACGGGGGAUGAGAAAUAG